AUGACUGCCACACCAUCCUCCGGCUCCACCUCUCUCCCCCACCUCCUCCGCUCCCUCAACCCAACCCUAUCCCCCACAACCUACAUCUACUCCACCAUCCCCGCCACCAGCGAAGCCGACUUCUCCAACAUCCUCAAACUCUUCAUCGGCGUCCCGGUGCAAAUGCUCUUCCGCGAAGCCGCUGGGUGGACUGUCGUGGUACCCGAAGACGUCGCCGCAGAGAUCGGGCUGGAGGCGACGUUUCGGUGUAGGAAGGUGACGUUGGAUGUGCAUUCGAGUUUGGAAGCGGUAGGUUUCAUGGCGGCUGUGAGCGCGAGGUUGGCGAAAUUAGGGAUGGGAGUCAAUCCGGUCAGCGGGUAUUAUCACGAUCACCUAUUCGUGCCCGUGGGUAGGGAGCAUGAGGUUGUGCAGGAACUCAAAAAGAUGUCAGAGGAACACUCAUCGGGAGAGCAGAGUUGA